AACAGGAUCCAUCGCCAUCCUAGAAGGUGGACGUUUUGUCGAGCCCAUGGCAAAUUUCCGUAAAGAACAUUGUCGUCUUGCUGCUGGAGGCUGAUACCGAACGUGGAACAAUUCCCUUUUCCGGAGUGAGGUUCCCCUUGUUCUCCUCCCUGUUUCAGUCAAUUUCAUCUUUCCAGCUCCUGUUACAUUGAAAAGACUAGCUUCAUUGAGGAAACAGCAAUUAUCCCGUUUUUGGUUCUCGAUCAUGGGCCUGAGGACCGCAGCUAUUAACGCAUACGUCUGCUACUCCGACGUUGUCGAAGUGCGCCAUCCGCCCCAGCCGAGGCCCCUCCGUCCUUAUUUCCUUCUUUUCCUUCUUGUGGCCAAUAUCCUUGCUGUUGAGGGACAACAGCAAGUGUUUAAUAUCUCCCGCCCCUCUGGUACCGGCAUAUUGGAAUAUUUUCCAUUGGAGGGCGAGAACAAGGACGAUGGCGGCGGCGUGUGCCUGGACGGGUCACCGGCAGGCUAUUACUAUCGUCCGGGUCAGGGUCCCGGCGCCAACAAGUUCUUGCUCUAUUAUGAAGGUGGCGGAUGGUGUACCAGUGACCGGGACUGCCACCUGCGCGCCCAAACCCCCUUGGGCAGCAGCAAGGAGUGGCUGCCCUACAUGGAGGCUUCGACCUGCCUGGGCUCCUACUUCCUGAACACGAGCAGCAACCCCUUGCACGACUGGAACAUCCUCUUCAUGAAGUACUGCGACGGUUCUUCCUUCUCCAGCAUGCUCCUCCAGGCUGUCUCGGUCACUACGCAAUUCCUGAAUGCCAGUUCCGGAGAAGCCCUGACGGCCCAUGUCUACUACCGGGGCCAGCGCAUCCACGACGCCCUCCUCGACACCUUUGUCCGCCGGCACGGCCUGCUCGAGGCCUCGGACGUUGUGGUUGCGGGCUGUUCCGCGGGGGGCCUGUCCGUCUACCUGCACGUGGACGAGGUAGCGGCCCGCUUCACGGGGCGGGCGGGGGCGCGCGUUCGGGGCCUGGCGGAUUCCGGUUUCUUCGUGGACACCGCCCCGCCCUCGGCACUGGGAAAUCAUGGCAACGAGAAGGAUGGGGGCGCAAGGUGCGAGGGCGGGCAGAGCGGCGGUGAGACGCUGCGGUGGCUGGCGAGCAGGCAGUUUGCCCCCGCGCUGAGCCCAGAGGCCGUGGGCUGCCUGGCCGCGGGGGGGUCGGGGCCACAGGGUGAGGACGCUGUCGAGACGGUGUUGGGCGCGGGGAAGGUCCCAGGACAGGGGCGGCGUUACAUGCAUGCGGGGCCCUCGACGCGCCUGAGGACCCUGGAGGCGCUCUUCCCCGCUCAAUCCCUCGUCCGACAUACCGCCCCUCCCUCCCCCCCGUCCCUUUUCCCUCCCCCGCCUGGGGACACAGAGGCCGAGGUCCGAGCUCGCUGUCUCUUUGCACGCCACCUGCUUCCCUCCCUCCGCACCCCGGUCUUCUCCUUCUUCAGCCGCUACGACGGCGCCCAGACCUCGAGCUUCGCCUGCCUAACCGACCCGGAGGGGCAGGCGGAGGCUGUGAAUGCGGCCUCCCGGGCCUUCGUGCGCGCUUUCCGCGAGAGCCUGGCCGCCUCCGCCGUCCCCCACGGCUACUUCAUCGACGCCUGCUUUCGGCACUGCUUCUGGGAGCUGGUGCCCGCGCCCCCCUCGUUUCCGUUGGAAGGGUCGACCGUGGGGGCGCUGCCCAUGUCCUCGAGUGUGAUCAACCCCUGGACCUCCCUCAAGGCGCCCUCGGGCAGGUCCGCGGCCGAGAUCUUCCUGGCCUGGUAUGAGGGUCGAGGGGGGCUGGACGACUGGCGCGAGGAGAGGACGGAGGCCUUUCCCUGCCUGAGCUGUUGUCGGGGCUGAGGGUGCGCGUCGGGGAGCGGUUCCACAUGGCGGGGGAUGGAGACGGGGGAGGGUGUGAAGGGAUGAGGGGUAAGACAAAAAGGUCUGUGAUUGACUACGGGCCCGCCAGAAGAAAGGGGGUUGGGCAUGGAACAAGACGGGAGGAGAGCUCGCGUCGCGAGUCCUGGCCGCGGGUUGUAUUUAAGGGCUAAUAAGAAUGUGUGACAGGGAAGCAGGUGUGUGAGUGCCCCCCGCCCACACCAAAUGUAAGGCAGCGUGUGUCGAGAGAAAUCCAGCAAAGCUCCAAAACCAAACUCAGGAGCCA